CUGUCAGCUGAUAGACUCUUCGUAAUUGCUUUCCAACCAAAACUAAUUUCGAUUUUCGCACAGAGAAAACGUCAGGCACCAUUCAACAUGGGCUUGAAAUACGCGAUCAAAAGCUAGUUGUAGCUGAAAUAUUGCUCUAAUUGUAGUUUUAUUGUUAUUAUAGUUUCGUUUUACAUGUAUAUUGUGUAACUCAUAAAUUAGUCAAAAAUGGAUACAUUAAUCUUAGGAUAUCUCAAUUAUGGCGUUUGUUGAUCAUUAAAAAAUUACGUUCGGUUGAUCAUUUUCUUUCUACUUAAUGUCUGCUUUUCGUUUGUGAUCGUCUGUUUUGUUCGCGUUUUCGUGUUUACUCGAAAUGGUUAAGGAGAAGCCUAAUUCUAUUCGUAUUUACGACGACGAAGGAUUCCGACGACGCGCCGCUUGUAUAUGUGUACGAUCGGACGCCGAGACCGAGGUGCUGCUGGUGACGUCGUCUCGGCGGCCUGACAACUGGAUCGUGCCGGGCGGCGGCGUGGAGCCCGAGGAGGAGCCCUCUGUGACGGCCAUGCGCGAGGUGCUGGAGGAGGCUGGCGUCAUCGGCAAGCUGGGCCGCUGCCUGGGAGUCUUUGAGAACAGAGAGCAUAAACACCGCACCGAGGUGUAUGUGAUGACAGUGACCCAAGAACUAGCGGAGUGGGAGGACUCUCGGCAGAUGGGCAGGAAGCGGCAGUGGUUCUCCAUCGACGACGCGCUCGCCCAACUCGCGCUGCACAAGCCCAUCCAGCGCCACUACCUGCAGCAAUUGAAGCGCUCCAAGCAGAAGCCUGAAGACACCCGCAGCUAACUUGAAGCGCUUCAAGCGCUGACAGCUAACUAUAGCUCGUAGGUAACGGCUUGCGACGCCUCGGUAACGGCGUGAUGCGAUUUGCAGUACCGUACAUCCCGCUCCGACUCUUAUGUUCUCUAUUAUUCAAAUCAUUUUAAAUGUUCACAUAAUGGAUAGCUCUUGUCUAAUUUCACUUACCGCAUCAUUUAAAGUAAUAAAUACUUCUAUAAAAGCAAAUACGACAUAACGACAUAAAAAUACUAGGAUUUUUCUUAUCUACUUGCCUUUCGACUAUCAUAAAUGCUAGGUCAAUGAAGAUACUUUUUUUUUAAGAGUUUUAAACAAAGUGCCUAAACACGUAAAUACAAGAAAUUGAACAUUUCUAUAGUCCUAAGUUACCGUAGGGACUGGGUAAAUGUUAUUGAAUGGAAUGUAAGUUAUUUAUUAUAUUAUUAUUUUUUUUAAACUUGACGAUGCUGUUUUGUGUUAGAAAAUGCCGGAAAUUGGAUGUUUUUGUAUAAUUUGUAUGAUGUAGGCUUUUUUAAUAUUUAAUCUAGAAUUCAUUAUAGCAUUUCUUUAUAACUUGACGGAAAACUGCAAAAUGUUUUGAUAACAGAUAUGUUAUUCUGAAGUGAUGUUGAAAAUUUCAAAUAUAGCAAUAAAAUAUGAAAGUUUGACCGAAACUUUAGUAAUUGAUGGUUUUUGUGCCUAAGGAUUUUAUUGAAGUAGAUUUGAUAUAACUUGGGCGCUGUUUGCUGCUUGCAAGAAUGGCUAUUAGCUUGCUAAGUUACGAUUAAAGGCUGAUUGUAGAGUGUAAAUGUAUUAGAGAGAUUUGUAUGUACUAAUUUAUCGCUGUAACAGUUCAGCAUUCAACCAAGUGAAGCAAUACAUAAGUUACAUUGGUUUACAUAAGUCUGACGUGAGCUUGGUAUACGGACAGUUCGAAAUUUUAAGAAAUUAUUGAAGAUUUAAAUACGUGUAGACAGGCCAUUACGAAAUUAACAUUGAAUGAGUAGUACAAUUUGUGUUAGUUAACCUGUAUGUCUCUUGUUUGUAUCAGAUCGUAGAUAAUUAUGUAAUUGUUUUUAAACAUUUCCCAUACAAAUGAAAAUAGUAAAUUUAGAAUUCCUUUAUUUUAUUUGACAGAAACCUUUCAAGUACUUUUUUACGUAAUGGCCUUUCUAUACAGUUGUAUGUCUAUGGUCAAUGAUAGACUAUGAAUGAUUUUGGAUAUUUUAGACCAUUGAAAAAAUGUUUUAUGCUUGUAUAAAUAAAAUGAUUGUGGUAUGUCGGGGCUGCGACGGUACUGCGACGGUACUGCAAAUUGUCCGCGCGGCGUCAGGCUUCACAAGAUGGCGGACCGCUAGUACACAACUAUUGUAACAUCUCCUUUUACUAUUUUUACGUAUAUUUUUAUACUACGAUGGAAUAAAUGUUAAUUUUAUUUUGUUAGCAUUAAAACAAAAGACAUAC